AUGAGCUACUACGGUCACCCCUUCUUCGUCCUCGACCAGGACGCCGCCAUCCAGCAGCAGCAGCAGGCUCAGCAGCAGGCACAUCUGCAGCGCCUCCGCGCCGAACGCGCAAGGCAGCAGCAGUUUGUCCAGCAGCAGCACCACCACCAGCAGCAGCACCUGGCCCAGCAGCAACAGCAACAGCAACAGCAACAGCACCAGCAGCAGCUCGCCGCCGUCGCCCAGCACGCCGCCGCCGUCCAGCGCUCGGCAUCCCCAUCAAUCGCCGACCUGCAAAACGAGGAAGCCACCGCUCUCGCCUACCUCCGCUCCGUCCAGCGCCGCCGCGAGGCCGCUGAAGCCGCGGCCACGCUCGAGAAGCAGCAGCGCGAGCUGGCCGUGCGCCAGCGUGAGGCCGCCCUCCGCGCCGCGCAGGAGCAGCAUGCCGCCGCGCUCGCCUCGGCACGCCGCGAGAAGGCCAUCCGCGAGGCACUGGAACGCGAGCGUGCCCGCGAGGAGGCGCUCGCUGGUGCCCUCGAGCAGCAGCGCCGCGAGGCCAUCGCCGCCGCGAUCGCGUCCGAGCGCCGCCGCCAGGAGGCCGCGGCAAAGGCGUACGCCCGCGCCGUCGAGCAGCACCGCGCGCAGUUCGAGGCCGCGCAGGCGGCCCACGCUGCCGCCGUCAAGGCCCAGAAGGCCGACCACGGGCUGCACCACGCCGGCAGCGACCGCGCGACGACGCUCGAGCACGUGCGCGCCGCGCACAACGCGGCGUUGAAGGCGCGGACGGUCCACCACGGCCUGCACGCGCCCGGCAAGGACGCGUUCACGACCGCCGAGGCGCAGCAUGUUGCGGACGCUGCGGCCCGCCAGGCGCAGCAGUUUGACCACGGGCUCCAUGCCGCCGGGAAGAGCGCCAAGACGACCGAGGACAUCUCGCGCGCGGGCCACGACGCCGCGCUCCAGGCCCAGAAGUUUGACCAUGGUCUCCACGCGCCCGGCAAGGACCGCGACACGACCGUCGACGCCGCGCAGGCUGCCCGCGCCGCCGCGAUCAAGGCGCGCGACCCCGGCCACGGGCUGCACGCCGAGGCCGACGACGAUAUCGGCCUCGAGGGCAUCAACUCGCUCCUUGGCUCGCUCUUCGGCUUCAACAUUGCGUCCGAGGCCGCUGCGCUCGCUCCCGGCGCCGCCCCCAAGGCUGUCGAGGCCCCGAAGCCCGCUGCCGCCGCCCCCAAGGCGGUUGAGAAGCCGACAUCGCCCGAAGUCAAGAAGGCCGCCGCCCCUUCCCCCGCCCCCGCCACAAGCCUCAGCGCCACCGCCACGCCGUUCUCGCCUGCCAAGCCGGCUACUGCUACCGCCGACGAGCCUGCGCUCCCGGCCGAGCUGAACGCCCUCAUCAACCAGUUCCUCGGACUCCAGGUCGAGCCGGCUGCCGGCGAGACGUGUGCGCCGUGCGCUGCGCCCCAGCUUGUUGGCGGUGCCGUGCAGGGCUUGAAUGAGCUGCUCGGUCGCUACGGCCUCGAGUUUGUCCCCGAUGACCAUCCCGAGGACGCUGCUCCCGAGCAGCUCUCGCCCGUCACCGACAAGAAGACUGUCGACUACCCCUCCACCACGGACGUUGUUGAGCCCGCCGAGGGCAAGCUCGCCCCCGUGACGGACAAGACGGUCGUCGACUACCCUCCCACCGAUGACGUCGUCCAGCCUGCCGAGGGCAAGCUCGCUCCCGUCACCGACAAGGGUGUCGCCGACUUCCCGUCGACUGAUGACAAGGACGCCGACGACGACCUGAACAACUACCCCUACUACGCUCCCUUCACCUCGGUGCUUAACAACGCGGCCGACCUCCCGCCGUUCCUCCGCGACCUCCUCGCCAACAUUGAGGGCGGCUUCCACGAGGAGUCGGCCGACGAGGACGGCUCGGCCCCCAAGCCUCGUCGCCAGCACCGCAAAAAGAACAAGGGCAGGGCAAGGGCUGCUCCCGCUGCUGCUCCCGCCGCGCCUGUUGCUCCUGCUGCUCCCGCCGCGCCGGCCGCACCUGCUGCGCCUGCCGCCCCCGAGCACGUCCACUUUGCGGCCGCAACACAGACCAUUCCCGUUGGCGACUUGCCCUCUGACGAGGCUGUCGAGCCCAACCCCGAGCGCGACGCUUCGCUGGCCAAGAUUCUGAGCAUCGACGAGGAGCUCACGCAGCUCACGUCGCACUUCACAUUCCCGGCCCACCUCGCGUUCGCCGCAUCGACCCCCGACGCGACGCAGCCCCCGCUCCUGUUCAACCGCAACAACACGGCCUACCACGCCCAGGCGCACAACCUGCUCCAGCUUCUGCUGGCCGCCGACGGCAUCCAGUCCAACGGCGACAAGCUUGUUCGCCGCCGCAGGAAGGAGCUGGUCAGCAAGGUCGAGGGUGCUCUCGAGGCCCUCGAGCACAAGCGCGACCAGCGCUGGCAGGAGGUGCGCGAGCGCCGCGAGCGUGGCGAGUCGGACGAUGAGGAGGAGCACGGGUCGUCCCAGACGGACGAGGAGUAG